ACAGGCUGUCUGUCUCACUGUUUCUGGUGUGUCUGUCUCUGUCUCGACUGUUAUAAUCUCGUUUAUCGGAUCUCCGGCACCAUGGCCUUCUUCGGUUUAACACACCUGGGCUAUCAGAACCCAGUGGGCGAUAAACUGAGAGUGAGUCCCAGAGCAGCGUCUCAUCCCCGGGACGGUGGGAUGAGCAACAGAGCGGGAUCAUCUCUUCAAGAACAACAGGGAUCCCUCAGAUGUACUGACACAUGCAACGUUUACUACCAGCCUUUUCCCUGCAGCACUGACAUACACCAUGGGAGUCAUGAGCGAUACAAAGAGAUGGUCAAACGGGUUCAAACACCCAGAUCCCCUGACCAGCUGUACAUAAUGCCUCUGACAGACAACCAGCAGUACGGAUGGGUGACGUCCAGGAGUCCUGAACCAUGGACCCAAGCCAAACGGUUUCCCCAAAAGAACAGUGAGAUGACAAAGUUUGUUGAAAAAAUGUCAGCGACAGACCCAGAGUUCAGCCUGUUCUGACCAACAGCCCUUUGUCUUCAGUUAUCACACACACACACACACACACACACACACACACACACACACACACACACACACACACCAGAGGCAGCACCACUUCUGAUGAGAUUAAACUGACAGUAGAUCCACUUUUUGCCUCUCACUAAUGUUUUUUUUUAAUGUAGUUUUUUAUGGUAGUUUCUCUGGAAAUAUAGGUUUCAACCUCUUUAGCUCACAACUUUUAUAAAGGAAGUCUGAAGGUGUCAAUAUACAAAACAUUUAAAUGUACAAUAUUUUCUGUCGUUAGGGGUCUCUCAGCCAAAACAAUAACAAACAGAGGAAUAACUUCAUUGCAGUUAGUUUCUCUCAGUUAGGAUUUCUUCAGUGUUCAGUGUUCAGGAGAUUUUUACCAAGAGCUGAAUUAUCAGCAGAGGU